AGCUGGUCUCUCUUAAGCCAGUCCCGUGGGGGUGUUUGUCAGGGUAUGGCAGCGCUGGGAGCCAUAGUGAAGAAAGUGUGGUGUAUCCGCCGUUAUUUGGUGCUUCUGUGCGCUCCGCUGGUGCUGCUGCCCAUCCUCUUCAGCCUGCCCCCCAAGGAAGGAAAAUGCCUCUAUGUCAUUUUGGUGAUGGCUAUAUAUUGGUGCACCGAAGCGCUGCCUUUAUCAGUGACUGCUCUUCUCCCUAUAAUUCUGUUUCCUUUCCUUGGAAUUCUACCAGCCAGCAAAGUUUGUCCUCAAUACUUUUUAGACACUAACUUCCUCUUUUUGAGUGGCUUGACCAUGGCAGCUGCCAUUGAAGAGUGGAAUCUGCAUCGUAGAAUUGCAUUAAGAAUCCUUAUGUUAGUGGGAGUCCAACCAGCCAGGCUCAUUUUAGGCAUGAUGCUAACAACUUCUUUCUUGUCUAUGUGGCUGAGUAACACAGCCUCUACUGCUAUGAUGCUACCAAUUGCAUUGGCUGUUUUAAAGAGCCUUUUCGGAGAUAAGGAAACAUCUAAUGACUGCAAUAGGGUAAAAGAAGAAAAUAAAGGUUCAGUACAUCAGAAUAAACUUCACAUGGUGCCAACUGAGAUGCAGCUUCUGACAAAUGCUAAUGAGAAAGAUAUGACUGAAGAGAAGGACGUCACAGUUAACAUUUCCUUGGAUGUAAUGAAGGAAGAACAAUAUAAGGCAAAUGUAUGGAAAGCAUUUCUGAUUUCCAUCCCUUAUGCUGCUAGUAUUGGUGGAACAGCAACACUAACUGGGACAGCCCCGAAUCUCAUUCUUUCAGGACAAUUAAAGAGUUAUUUUCCAGGAUGUGAUGUUGUGAACUUUGGCUCUUGGUUUGUGUUUGCCUUUCCCUUAAUGGUACUUUUCCUUUUUUUUGGAUGGCUCUGGAUAUGCUUCCUUUAUGGAUGCAUUAGCUUAAGAGACUGCAAAAAGAAGAAAUCUGAGAUAAGAGCUGAUGCAGAAGGCAGAGCUCGAGCAGUUAUAACGGAAGACUAUGAGAAACUGGGACCAAUAAAGUUUGCAGAGCAGGCAGUAUUUGUUCUCUUCUGUUUAUUUGCCAUCCUGCUAUUCUCCAGAGAUCCAAAAUUCAUCACAGGUUGGGCAAGCUUAUUCAAACCAGGGUUUGUCUCAGACGCAGUUACUGGAAUCACAAUAGUGACAAUACUGUUCUUCUUCCCAGCGAAAAAGCCAUCUCUUAAAUGGUGGUUUGAUCUAAAAGCAUCAAAUGUUGAGAAUGAACCCUUGCUAACUUGGAGCAAAGCCCAAGAAAGUGUGCCUUGGAAUAUAAUCUUGUUGCUUGGAGGAGGGUUUGCAAUGGCAAAAGGAUGUGAGGCCAUUCGUUUGAAGGUGAAUCCACUCUACUUAAUGAUACCGGGAACUGUAGGAUGCUCUUUUGCCUUCAUGCUUCCAGUCUCUACACCCCCAAAUUCCAUUGCUUUUGCUUCUGGGCAUUUGAUGGUCAAAGACAUGGCGAGAACUGGCCUACUGAUGAAUUUGAUGGGAAUCUGUCUUCUGAGCUUGGCCAUCAAUACUUGGGCUAUGAGCAUCUUUCAGCUAGGCAGCUUUCCUUCCUGGGCCAACAUCCAUAUGGAAAAUACAACCACCCUACUAGGAGAUGCUCAGAACAUUUCUUUGAACUUAACUAUAAAUAAACUUAUAUAACUAUUACUUAACUAUAAGUAAAGCAACCUUAUUGAUGAGAUUGGGUGAGAAAACGUCUGUCCUCAAAUCUGAGCACUAAAUUAAAUUGAUAUUGAACACAGGUAUGCAUGGAAGGACACACUGUGGAUGCGCCUCCACCUUAGGACCAUCAUGUAUUUUCAUUUGUUUUUACAAAUCUUUAUAAAUAUUCGUUGACUAUUUGAAAGACAUAAAAGACUUUUUCAUUUUUCAUUCAAAGAAUUAUCAAGUAGCUCUAGAUAGGUCUAGCUAACCUUUCGCUGUUUGAGCCCUGGAAGAUCUUUCCCCAUCUUUUGUUGUUCAAAUUAUUGUAACUUAGGAGAAGCAGCAGCGAAGCAGUUCCAGGUAGACUGCUAUGUUUGGCUGUUCAGUUGAAGAAUCAGUUGACAGUUGGAAGAGCCUGCCUUUUAUAGGCAGCUCGGCAACUGACAGGCGCGUCUGAUUGGCUAAGACGCGCCUGGCUGCUACCGAGCUGUCAUUCGUAACUGCGAGGACUUUCUUUCAGUAUACAACACAAAUAAAGAGGAUUAUUUUGCUUUACUAAAGAUGAUCAUUGCCUAAAUAUAGAUAUAUCUGGCUAUUUAAUGUAGUAGCACAUUGCAUCUGAAUACAGAAGUAUGUGAGUAAUUAAAGCAAUGAAUCAGAAAGCCUAUUGCCAACUAUAUAUUCUCUGCCAGACACAGGCACAGCAGAUUAUCAAAUCAGAUAUGUUUUUAAAAAUCGCAUUAUCCUGUUUUACUAGGGUAGCGACAACUUGGUUGAAUCUGUGAUGUUUAGAAGAGAUCAGGAGGACAGAUAAUAUUAUAAUAUUAUAGAUCUGAGUUGUUCUGAAAAUGACAGGUAAAAUGGAAAAGGUUUGCAUAUAUGUGCAAAUAUCGGUGGGAAAGUACUGAAUAUAAUCACAAAGAAAAGUGUUGAUCUUCCUUAUUUUCUCUGGGACAUUUAUUGACCAUCCCAUAAUAAGAUCAAAUAAGGAUACUCAGAACUGGCAGGACAGCCAAUUCUGUUGAACAUUGAUAGGAAUCUGUAGUAACUUAGGCCAGAGUUUCCUUUCUCGAAAUUGUUGAAAACACUGAUAUGUAUUAAAGAGCAUAUCAGUAGAUCAAUACACUUGACUUAGUGCCUUUUGUGUCUGCUUCUUGAGGCCAAAGUAUAGUACUCAUUUUGUCUAUAUUUUUUUAAAAAAAUGUUUGAACAUGUACACUCUCUCCUACCAGAAUUACACACUUAGGGAUUUUAAUUAUAUUCUUGAUAAACUCUAUAUGUGCACGGUGAUCUCUAAACAAUUUAUCUAGUGAUGUAAAACCUGAAGUUAAGCUGUAUGGAAGAAUUGGGAUAUUGCACCCCAGAUAUAUGACAAAGUUGCUCUCAAAUUGUAGUUUUUUAUGUGUUAAAAAGGGACAAUUGCCAAAUAUAUGGCUAGGAAACAGUCAUUAUAAAUAUAAUUAAUGUUAAUCACAUGUAAAUAUAAGUAAAAUGAAAUUAUAUAUGGUUUUUGCCAUGAAAAUGUCCAUUAAUGUUGGGACUCAAUGUUCAAGUUCUAUUGAACUUGCAAGAAAUAAAAUGUUUGAUGCCCACAACUGCCAUACGCAAGCUUAUUAGUCCAGUAAACGAUAAAUAGUUUAUUGAAGAAAAAGAGAAAGAUUGCAGAUUUUAUGAAUUUUAAAAUGAUCCUUUAACAAAAAGCAAUUACUAUGAAAAAUUGUCAACAGUAAGAAUUUGAAAUGAGAACCUGGGAAGUUCUAGACUCUACCAUAUCCUAUUGUCUUAUUGCAGGGUUGCCAGAUUACUUCAGUGCAAUCUUGAUCCCAUAAAUAUCAGGGAUUUGAGGUAAUCCAAAAUAAAGUGGAAAGAACAGUUGAAUGCUGGUCUGCUUUCAUUCAAAAGUAAUUGAAAGUGAAGCUGAUUGUUGGUCUGCUCUCAUUAAGCUUAAGUCAGUUACCCUUAGCAUCAUUCUAGAUUAUUUUUACAGUAGAUAGCAAUGCAUAUGAAGGAGAUCUGAAUUGGUAUUAGGGAUUGUUUUAUAUUGUUGUCCUCAAGAUUAUUUUAGAUUCCACCAAAUGCACCAUCUGAUUCCAUAUAAAAUAAAUUAGUGUGCUGGGCAUAGGAUAGAGCAGUGUUUGUCAACCUUGGCCACUUCAAGAGAUUUGGACUUCAACUCCUAGAAUUCAGUUCCCCAUGUUAGCUACGGAAAUCUGGAAGUUGAAGUCUACACAUCUUCAAAUGACUUACAUUGAGGAAAAACUGGAAUAGGGUGUGGCUUUUUAGACUUGCCAUUGUUCACUGGAGAAAUUUAUCUGGUAUAAAGUAAAAUGACAAAGCUCAUGUAGUGGUGGCAUUAGUUAUUGGGAGCAUCAUACCUGAGAAUGCUUCAUCACAGGUCAUAUUCACUAUCUAGAUCUCUCCUUCUAUGUGUCCAAAUCAUGAAAAUGCCUAAAGUUUUGAUUGUUGCUCUUCCCAUGUCCAUUAGUCUUUUGUGGGGAAUUAUUUGUUGCUUGGAUUUGAGAGAUGGAUGUUAAAAUCUGAUCAGUUUUUUUUUUAUUGAUUGAUGAUCUGUGUACUUUCAGUGAAAGUGUUUGUGUAUGAAUAUUGAUUCCAAUCCACACUGUAAACCUGAUUCUGUGUUAUAUUAUUAUAUGUGUGUGUGCAAGAAAUGGACUUCACACAAGUAUAAGAUCACUGUUGAAUGCAUGCUUUGGAAGAUUUAAUAUAAGGAAAUGUGCUGAGGAUGUAUGGAAGUUCAGCCAUGAAUUUCACUAUGAUUAAUUUUGUUAUUCCUUGCCUAACUUAAUUCAAUAUUUGUUUCUGGAGCAUAUGUGGCAAAUGGAAUCCUGGGUUGUCUCUUUCUCUCUUGUUAAGGUUCAUGUUACUAUUAAAUCAACAUCACUGUUGUGAAAGUAGGAAAAGGUCAAACUAAAAUCAUUGACACAGAACCACUCAAGUAUUAGAUGACACAACUCCAGAUACGUAAGGGGCAUAAUUGUGAUGACUGAGAAUAAAAUGCAUUAAUUAGUCUAUGGCAUUGUUAUGUUCUACGUUUGUGACUCACAAGGAAGGGAUGAUGUCUAGCCUUUUUUUUUUCAUGAACAUGAUGUCCAAAUGAACGUUUCUAUUAAUUUCCACACUCUAAAACAAGAUAAUUAUGUUGACUAGGCUGGUUAUAUAAUUGUAAAAGUUCUGGGCAGAAAAAAAUCCAGGAAACCACUAGAUGGCAGUGGUUGUCUGAAUUUUUGCAGGUUGGAUCUCAAGUCUUAAGGCACGGGUUUCAAAUUUGCUGCAUCACAUGAUGUUUCAUGUUCCAUUCGCGGAGGUGGGAUGGGUGUGGCCUGCACAUGAUGCAUCCGGCCCGUGGGCCACCAGUUUAACACCCCUGCAGGCUUAGGGGAAUGGAAUAUUUUUGCUAAAACUGCAAUACUGUAUUGAUUUUUUGACACAAGUAUUAUGAAGUU